AAGGGGCGCGGGCCAGCAGCUCUGCGUAGUUUCACGGUCAACGUGAAACAUUGCCCUGAGUCAACGAGCGGUGCCGAGCUUUCUCAUGCAGCGCCUCAAGAUACAGUCGAGGAACAGCUGAUCUCCAGACUACUUAAAGUUGGCGGCUCUGGAGGAUCGCUCAUUGUGACACUGGCAGCAAUCGUCCUCCUCACCUGCACGUCCCUAUCCUGAUAUGUCGACACCAAUCAUCACCGAGGGUUUCGCACCUCUUGACGUGCCUGGUGCAGGCAAGCCCUGUCAGACGUACUACAAGGUCUUGGGCGACCUCACUUCCGGCAAGGUCCCUAUUGUCGUGGUGAAUGGCGGGCCUGGUUCGUCGCACGGAUACAUGCUUUCCCUCGCGGAUCUCGCCCUGCCGUCGUACGGUGGCGCCCCCGUCGUGUUCUACGAUCAAGUCGGCGGUGGUCGCUCAACGCACCUGCCAGAGAAGAACGGCGAUGUUGCGUUCUGGAGCAUACAACUGUUCGUGGACGAGUUCCACAACCUGUUGAGGCACCUCAGUUUGGAGACCUACGAUGUAGUGGGGCACUCCUGGGGAUCCAUGCUUGGCAUGGAGAUCGCGGUCAGGCAGCCGAAAGGGUUGAGGAAGCUGGUGUUGUCGUCAGGACCCACAGCAAUAUCGCUCUGGAUGGAGUCUACCCGGAAGUUGUUAAAGACUCUUCCUCAGGAUGUCCAGGAUACGGUCGCCAAGCAUGAAAGCGCAGGCACGUUCGACUCGCCCGAGUACCAAGAAGCGAUAGGUCGUUAUAACAAGCAGUUCACGCUGAGGCUCGAUCCCUGGCCCGAAGAAGUGCGGAAGAGCUUUGCGGAGAUGGAUGAAGAUCCCAGUGUAUACCUCACCAUGCAAGGGCCCUCGGAAUUCACGAUCACUGGCUCGAUCAAGACGUGGGAUAUCCGCCCAGAGCUGCACAAGAUCUCUGUCCCCGUCUUGCUCACGAACGGCGCAUUCGAUGGAGCAUCAGAGGCCUCUGUUGCCCCCGUAUUCCAGGCAGUGCAGAAGGCGAAAUGGGUUACAUUCGGGAAAAGUUCGCACAUGGCACACUGGGAGGAACGGGAGCGGUACAUGCAUAUUGUCGGCGACUUCUUGCAGGCACCGUAGGCGGAGCUCCGGGCUCUGCGUUUCCAGAAAUAAAAGCAAAUGUUCCGUAGAGCAUCUCGCCGAUUGGGAUUGCGUGUGACUGUGUCGCCUCCUCCC